AUGAUUUUAAGGCGUCAGAGAGGCUUCGAAGAAAUUACUUCAAGCAUUUUGAUCUUCCAGUCCUUUUAUCCUCUCUCUUUGAUAUCUACAGUUUACAGUCGUCACUGGCAAUCGGCUUGUCCGGCUGAUACUGUUUCUCUGUCUUUGAUUGAAGGCUCAGUGGCCAUACUUCAGAAAAUGUUACCAGAAAACUUUUGUUGUUGUGGUUUUGACAUUGCAAAUGUGCCAAGGACUGUAGUUAAGGAUUUCGAUUCUUGUUCAAAUUUUGCUAGUAAUCAGGGAAAAGAUGAUGCGAUGCUCUACUUGGUUUUUUUUUAUUUUUUGAACGGGAAGGCGGUCAAAAAAGCAGAAAAACAUAAGUCAGAAGAUGCCGUCAAACCUAAGGAGAAGAAAAGGAGACACCAGAACGACGCGUUGGUUCCACGCGAAAAUAUUCCUAGUUUUGAUUCAAACCCUUAUUUUACAGCAAAGUCUUCUCCAAAAUUUGUCAGUGUUUGGUCCUUUGGAAGGAUUUUGCACCGAUGUGCUAUGAGAAAAGAUCUCGACGAGAUGACCAGAUGCGUUAAAGACAAACAGAGAUUAAGUGCAGAUGCAUUUAAUUGGUCAUUUUCUAAUGCUUCUCAAACUUCUGUUGAAGGAGAAGCUGUUCUUACAGAGGAUAGGAAGUUUAUUAGUGCAGUUGCAUCUUUGCGUCACAACUUGCAGUCUAAAGCUGAUUGGCGGAAAGAUAGAGUUCAAAAGGAGGAUAUUCUUUUGACAGAGGCUGAGACUGGAGAGAGAAAUUUUCAUAUGCUUGGUCGUGCCACUGCAGCUGUCGAAAUGAGUCGUGGAGGACGAGAAGGCAAUAAUGCUUUGUUAAAAUAUGGGCGGAACAGAAGCAGCCUCAAUCAAGAUAUCAACCUUUUUCUUGAAAAAGAUGUGUCUUUUCAGACUUUAGAAUAUCUCACUGGAAUUAAGCAUGAUCCUUAUAAUUCCUUCCGUACGUUAUAUGGUGCCUCCGUAUAUGUGGCAGUCCGGUUUUUUGGUAUUGGCAUGCAACGAGUGAGUUUGCAGACAUUUAUGCCAGUGUCGGUACACAAGAAAGGGUUUCAAAACCGUGAAAUCACCCCUAUGCACACUGCUGCCAUUAACCCAAACGUCGCAUACUUAAAAGCUUUAACAGCCGUCGAGCCAAACUUUAAUAUUCCUGAUGCAGAUUUGUGGUAUACAAUCCAUUAUGCUGCUGUUUGUGAAAGCCCAUCUCCUCUGAAAUUCAUGCUUGAUAAAGGGACAUCUUUUAAUUUACAGAAUAAAGCUAAAGAGCUACCUAUUCAUUGCGCUGCUCGAGCUGGUAGAGCAGAAAAUGUUAAGGUGCUUUUGGAGGCUUUAAAACGUGUGGAAGAAAAAGUUCACUCAGAAGGAGAGGAUAUGAGCAACUUGCAAGAUGCUGCCGAAGCUGAAGAAACAGUGCCUCCUCCGACAAAGAAAGUUAAGGCAACAACUGCUAGCCAGAAAUUAUCUAUGAUAAAUGCAAAAGCUAAACUUGGACAUACACCUUUGCAUUUAGCUGUAGAAAAAAACCACAUGGAGGUAGUGCGAGUACUUUUGUCUUAUGAGGAAGUCAAUGUUGAAGCUCAGCUUUUAGCAUCGCAGAAGAAGCUUACUCCUUUAAUAAUAGCUGCUCAACAUGGAUUUUUGGAAUUGGUGGACAUUUUAAUAGAUAUUGGAAGUGCAAUCGUAGAAAAAGGUGACAAGAUGAAACGUGGAGCACUUACCCAUGCGGUUAUUAAUGGUCAGACUCACGUUGUUGCUUCACUGUUGAGAAGGGGCGCGUCUCCAAAAUCGGCUGAUACAUCUGGAAACACUCCGGCGCAUUACGCAGCUGCAUACGGAUGGCACUGUCUGGAAUUAUUGGCUACCGCAGACCCUGAAGCGCUGACGGUGCGUAAUGAUUGGCAGUUGACUCCUCUUGCAGUAGCGUAUAUGAAAGCAAAGGGCGCUAAUUGCUCAGUCAAAGAUUCGUUCUUAAACACACCGUUACACAUUUUUGUCGCCUUAAAAGCAAAGCUUUAUGAUAAAGAUGCUACCGAUGUUGACAAGGAAGAAAAUGAUCUUCGGAUGACAGUUGAUGAUUACAAAUAUUGCAUUGAUUUACUGAUAAAGCAUGGUGCAAAAAUAGAGGACAGAAACCAUGAAGGGCGUAACGCACUCUGGUUGUCUUUAGAGUCUGGAAAUCUUUUAGCUGCUGAAUAUCUACUGGAAAAGUUUCUUGCUGCUGGAUCUAACUUGGCUGAGUUUGAAAACCGGGUUUCCCAAGAUUCUGAGAGUGGGAAUUUACUCCACUUACUUUUUCUUGCUCCGUUUAAGGUUUAUAAGGACAGAGCGUUUUGGAGCGGUCAGUACGGUCCUGGUUACUACCAGUACAAUAUUUUGCCUCUUCUUUCUACGGUUUUGUCGACUGAUAGAAAUUUAAUAAAACGAUGGUUAGGUGAGAGAGACAAGUCAGGCCGAACUCCGCUUUUGCUGUUUUGCGAUGAGUAUAAAAGUAUAGGGCCUCCUCCUAUUUUUUCUGAAAACUCCGAAGAAGCGGAAAAAUACUGGUCCAGUUUCGAAAGAGUUUUUUCCACUAUUUGUGGUGUAAUUCCGGUGUUGAUUUCCGUGGACCGAUCAGUUUCGUUAGAUGGAAUAUUUGACAACAAUGACAGUAAGGAUUGCACGACUAAAUUCGAUGAUGCAAACGAUUUGAAAGCAAAUCCAGUGCACACAGUAUUUUCACUCGCUCUUUCUACUAGGCCUAUGAGGCGCGUGUGUGCUUAUGCUUUUAUAGUGAAUUCAGUGAAAUAUGAAGCCACCAACUACCUUCUAUUUACUUUUCUUCAGGCCGUUGUCAAAGGAAAUUUCAUUGCGCAAUUGUUGUCUCAACGUGAUAGCAAAGACUUUACUCCGCUUCUUCUUGCUGUACGUGCGCAUGACACGGUUGCAAGCUUAUAUCUAAUGCGACAAGCAAGCAGUUAUAAUGUUCAUGAAGUUCACGGUGCUUCUGUACGACAAGUUUUCGACAACAAAAAAAAGUGUUUGGUGCCUUUGAACAAGUCUGUGCUCAUGUACGCAAUCGAAGGACAGAUGUUCAAAGUCCUCGAAGAGUUAGAUUUGACCGUUGAGCAAUGGAACGCCGCAGAUACAAAUGGCGACACAGCAUUCCAUUACGCAGCAAAAUUUGUUUCUUCCAAGACAGUCCAAUAUUUUGAAUUCCUCAAGAAAAAAGGAGUAGUUAUCAAAGGUAACAAGUCAGGAAAAUAUCCAUUACACGUUGCGGUUGAAGCAGUCAGGCACACAGAUGGUGACGUACUGACCGAUCCUGUUGAAUGGUUGAUGGCGAAUGGGCCUGGUUUACAUGAGACCGAUGAGGACGGAAGAUUACCACUUCAUUACCCACUCAUACAAGGCAGUGAUUCAAAGAUAAGUAACACCAAUUCUUUUGAUCCCGUUUGCAUUAUGUCUCUUCUGGAACAUUCAAUGGGGAAGACUAAGAUUGAUUUACCAGAUAAAUUCGGUAAUACGGCGCUUCAUUAUGCAGCAAUUUGCGGUGCGAACAUUUGUGCAGUUACGCUGUUAGGGUACGGGUGCAAUCCAAACAACAUUAAUAAAGAGGGUAAUACUCCCCUUGGUCUUGCAGUUCUCCAUCAAAAGGAAGCGUGUACAUUAACGUUUAUUCAAGCAAAGAGUGAUUUUACGAGAAAAGUUUAUAUUCGUCAUUUGGGUACUGAGGAUGACGAAUUAGAAAAGUGGACUUGGAUACCAAACCGCCGCGGCCUAGUGAAAACGAUUUCGGUAACUAGUAUAAGUAGUUUGGUAGUGAGGAAUGGUUGGGAGGGUAUCAUUUAUGUUGUGCUGGACGCCAUUGGAAAAACUGUCAAGUCACUGGGAGAACUUGUGAAAGCAGCCCUAGAGCACAACAAAUAUAACCUAGUUCAAAGCCUUUUACGUAUGCUAGAUCGCGUCAUUAAUACAGGCACGGAUAAAGCAAAGAGAGAAAACAUUAAAUAUGUGGAGGAACUGGACUUAUUCCUGGUUUUCGUGUCUCAUUUACCGUCAUCGGAGGUUGAUGAGACAGUUAAGAAGGUGUUCGACCACUUACGGUCUUUGAAUAUUAAAUGGUAUCAGGUCCAGGAAAGUGGGCUAAAAAGUCCGGUUAUCGAACGUCUUGCUCAAAAUGGUCAUUUUCAAAUGCUUGAUUUGUUAUACGAGGUUGAUGAAAAGGGUGAUAAGGUAUGGUCGAAGAUUGAUUUUGCGAAUGACAGCACCAACCCUUUGGUCGGAGUUAUCGAGGGGUGUUUAAAAAGCGGGUUUUCUGAUGACAGAAUAAAGUGGAUGAAGAGGUUUGGAAAAAGAUUUGGGAUCAAUACUUUAAUGUCGUAUCCCCGACCUGCUUUUUAUGGGCUUGUUCCAUGGAAGUCCCGGAAACCUACUGCAGAGACAGGAAGAAUGUCUCCACUGAUUAGGGCAAUUCAACACCAUAGUGUUGAACUUGUGAAGUUUCUUUUACUAUGUGAAGAUCUGUGUGUAGAUGUAAACGUUUGUGAUGAAUAUGGUAUCAGUCCACUGAUGCAUGCGUGCAUUGUGAAUUCGGAGGAGAUUGUUAGGUUGUUAUUUGACCCACAUUGUUCAUAUUCAAAUGCAGUUACGUCGGGAAAUCUUAACAAUGAAAGAGACAGUACUGGAAAGGGGAAAAAGAGGAAGCUUAACCAGACCGGCCCGGAGUAUCCAAGGGUUGCCUUAGCCGAUUUGUUUCGUAACAGCCAUCCCGUUUACGGUUCAACGUCUGCACCAGAAAAAACAGCUGGGAAUGAAACGCCGUCAAAUAGUGAAGGCGUGUCUUCAAAUGGUCCUAUAAAAUUACUCAGUAAUGUCGACAUUUAUAAAAAAGUUGUAAUAAAAGAACCCACUCUCCUUUCUGCAACUGAAACCACUGCAAGGAAUUUCCUCCAUUUCAUGGUGACGCCAUGUGGAUGGGAAAACACUAAUUUACUGCUUUCGUUAUGUAAAGGGACACCGGAGAUUAUUAAGAUGAUUGAUGAACGCAGUUCAGGCUCGGAGACUUUUUUAAGUGAAUCUUCAAAGUUACAAGUUUCAGUAACCCCACUGAUGGAAGCCAGAAAUUCUCAUCAAGUGAAAAUGUCGGAAGCAAUGGCAAAAGUGUGUAAGGGGAUGGUCGUAGACAUCGAAAUGCCUGAUACUGACACCUCAGAUUUGCAAAGCAUGUAUGACGUUACCGCCGAUUCUGAAACCUAUCUGGCAAAAUAUGUCGAUAAGAAUGUCGAAGCGAAUGCUGCCGAGUGCUCAAGAAUGAAGUUGAAGCCACAUAAAAAUAGUGGUUACGAAGAUAUUGGGGAAGUUUGCAUGAAGAAAGUUGGAAAUGGGACUAAUUUGUUAUUUAAGGUUCUUUUGACAAAGACAGACAUUCAGUUUGGCACGUAUGGAUUUCAUAACUUCUACCGCAUGGAGUUGAUCAAGCGAAGAGGUGGUUUUAGAUAUGUUGAAUUAAUUCUCAGAUAUUAUGUUAGACUUGAAAAUUUUGCAUUCACACGGAAGAUUCUUGAAGGGACUGAACUCUAUAUUUUGUUCACGAAUUGGGGACGUAUUGGUGACCCUGUUGGUCAGUACCAAAAGACACCCUUCAGUUCUAUGGCGGACGGGGAAAAAGAAUUCUGUUCGAUAUUCAAAUCUAAAACAGGGAACGAAUUUCCAGAACUAAGUAGUUUUGUCGAGAAACCGAACAAGUACAGGCUUUUAGCAUUGGAGGACUGUAAACCUGGUAGCGUAGCUGAGCUAGAUAUUGAUCUUGGUUCAGGACCUGUCAAAGAAAGGCAGUGCGCCCGGUCUGAAAAAGAUCCCCUCUACGCAUUGAUCAUGGAUAUCUCCAACGUGCAACGACUGCAGGAUCGCACUCGAUCUGUGUGUUGUUAUACUAAACUACAAGUCCCUUUUGGCCGCCUUUCCAGGAAGGAUUUAUUAGCAGCUCGCGAAAUGCUUUUAAAAUUAAAAAAUUAUGAGGAUACUGUGAGAAAAAUGAGGAGCGAUUUAAAACCUGUGGGUGAAGUACUGCAACUUUUACGCGACCAAGCAUCCGCCUGCAACGAGUUUUACAGGCUGAUGCCUCUUGGCGGGUUUCAAAACACAGCACUUCCAAUGAUAGAUAACAGUAAUUUGAUCGAGGAGUUUGAUAAGACAGUAGAAAACUUAUUGGAGUUUGAGGUUGCUGGGCGGCUGGUGACAGCCGCUUGCGAAAGAAAAGAGGCCGUCGACCCUUACGAGUACAUUAUAGACGCGCUUGAAUGUGAAAUACGUCCUUUAAACCCCGAAGACCUAAUGGCUCAACGCAUCCUGCAAUAUAUACAAAAUUCAUCGCAAGUCACAGUUAAAGGGAUUUUUAGUGUGAGGUGUAAAGAGGCGACAAAUUUGUUUAAUGAGAAUUCGUUGGACUUGAAUAAUCACAUGUACUUAUGGCAUGGGACAAAGCCAGAAAACUUACUUAGCAUCCUUAAGUUGGGCCUUUUAGCAGCUCCCGCUUCGGCGUUGCAAACAGGACAAACAUUCGGGAAGGGAAUAUACUUGGCGGACGUUUUUGCUAAAAGUCAGGAAUAUUGUACUUCUUCAUCCGCUGGUUUGAAAUAUGCUCUUCUCUGUCAAGUUGCUUUGGGGGAAGUAAAAGUUUUAUAUAACAAUUGCUCCGCUGAGGACAAAGAUCCUUCGUUUGACACCCUGAAAAUUGUUGGUCGCGAAGCCCCUGACUGGCUCUACAACCUAACGCUAAAGAACGGAGUAACUAUUCCGUCUGGCCAAGUAAAAGAGCAGAAAUGCGAGAACCAACCUUACAUCUACGCGCCCCACACUGAAUACGUUGUCGCAAACAAAGCUCACGUUCUUGUUCGCUAUUUAGUUGCCUUCCAGUAG